AUAUUAUCAAAUACAUCAAGAAGGUAGCAAUUAAAUGAAUUUUCAAAGACUUAAACUCAACGAUUACUGGAUAAAAUGAGAAUGUAUACAUUUAGAAAGGAUGAAACUUUGGCCAACUACCAUAGUUGCCUAUUAAUAAAAAAGAGAUUUAGAUCUUGAAAAUUAACAGCAGCAGAAGAAAAGAGAAGGUAAAUUUAUAUUAAAGAGGAGAUUUUUUAAAAAGAACAGAAGAAAAUAACCUAAGAAAAAUUUAACAAAUAAAUUUAUGAAAAUAGUGAUAGGGUUAAAACAUUUCAUGGGAAUUAGAUUUACUCAGAUGUAUUUUAUGAGAGAGGAUGAAUAAAUUAUUAUGCAGAAAUUUAGGAAAAUACUUCUUAAUUAAUAAGAAGUAAAAUAAGAAAAGAUUUUAGAAAAUUAGAUAUAAGUGUAAUUGGCAAAUAAUUAAUUAAAAGAAUUUAAAGUUAAAAGAGAAAAAAGAAGAUGAAAAGAUAAAUUAAAUGCAGAAAAGAAAUUAAGAAUA